GUCCGCUGUAAAGCUUCGGUGUCCUCUGCGACUUGCCGUAGUCUGAGCAACAUGGUGCUGGAGAAGAAGGCGUCCGCCCGUGUGGAUGCGGCUCAGCGUCGGGUUCUGGACGAGGCGACCAGACAGAGGAGAUUAACGCGCCAGUUGGAGGCGUUGGAGAAGGACAACUUCCAGGACGACCCGCUGGCGUCGCUGCCACCACCCGGCCCCACCGCUCGUCUGCCAGCCUUCAGCGAGACCGAGGAACCUGGGAAGAAGAGGAGGAAAACGAGAGGAGACCAUUUUAAGCAGCGCUUCAGAAAGAACUUCACCACCCUACUGGAAGAGGAGUCUGAACUGGUUGCUGUCGAUCACAGGGACAGACAAGAGGGGGUGGAGCUAUCUCUGGCCUCGUCCCUACCCCAGGAGUGUCCCAGCCAAUCGUUUCAGGCAUGGCGUCUGCUGCUCUAUUUGAAAGCAAGCCUGGGCGCCAACGAGGAUGUUCUGCUAGAACCCUACCUGCAGAGCUGGGAGGAGCUUAUAAAGUUCAUGGACUCCUUGGGGACCAUCGUUAGUUUUUUCACUCAGAAGAUUGAAGAGAAGCUUGCCGUGAUAAGGGACCUGUCCCUCAAACACAGCAGAGGCUCCUGGGAGAGUGGUCCCUCUGGACCCUCUGGACAGCAAAUCCCACCCACUCUUGGACUACGAUUCGGGGCCUAUCAUUCAGUGCGGUCCAUGGUAGAGAUGGAGCUAAAAGAAGGUGUGGUCAACUUCUCACAGCGCAGCCAAUCAGGUUGCAGGACACUAUUGCGGCUGCACCGAUCCAUCCACUGGUUGAAGCUUUUAUUGGCGGGUCUGGCAGAGGAACCGGAGCCUGAUGGACACUACAGAACCCCUGCAGAACUGUGCAGGCGGGCCUAUAUGGAGGCUCUCGCUCCGUAUCAUCCCUGGUGGAUUCGUCGGGCGGCUGAGUUGGUGUUUGUCUCUCUACCAGAGAGAGAGACCUUCCUCCACCUGGUGUGUGUGAGGAGUCAGAGGGAGGCUGUUCCCGUCCUACACACACUCAUCCAUGCGCUGACACUGGUGCAUACACACACACAGCGCAUCCUGGAAACACACAACCUGCUGCAGCUGCCAUGA